AUGAAGCGCCUGGCCUCUUCGCUGCCCAGGCAUUUGCGACGCAGUGCCGCCUUCAGUACACGCGCUGAAUGGAAGCGCCAAGUGGCUGAAGGGCCGAGACUGCAGGAUUUCCUCUCGAGCAGUCGAACACGUGUUGAUUCCAGUAGUGUAGUAGCCCAAGAGAAGGUGUUUCACCCCGAAGAAUCAUUGCAACAGAUUCACCAGAUCUUGGCAGAGAUCCGUCAAGCGCCACGAAAGGAGACAGCGCAAUUGGUGGACCGGUUCGGACGAGCGCACACUUAUCUGCGUAUAUCACUGACCGAACGCUGCAAUUUGCGCUGUCGAUACUGCAUGCCAGAGGACGGAGUGCCGUUGCAGCCCACUGAGGACCUUUUAACCACAUCGGAGAUCAUCCGAUUGGCCAAAGUGUUUGCAUCCGCAGGCGUCACGAGAAUUCGACUGACAGGUGGUGAGCCUCUGCUUCGACGGGACUUAGUAGAACUUGUAGCUCAAUUGCGAGCGAUCCCUGUUAUCGAGUCGGUGGGCAUCACUACCAAUGGUAUCACACUGCAGAGGAAGCUACUGGCACUGCAACAGGCAGGUGUGGAUAGACUGAAUAUCAGCUUGGACACGCUGAAACCAGACAAGUUCGCACACAUCACAAGACGCCAGGGAUUCACACGAGUCAUGAACUCAAUACUAGAAGCACAGACGCUAGGCUUCUCCCCACUCAAGAUUAAUUGUGUGGUACAACGACACUUCAAUCUGGACGAAAUCCUAGACUUCGUGGCCUUCACAGAGAAACACACAGUGGAUGUGCGUUUUAUUGAGUGGAUGCCGUUCGAUAGCAAUCGAUGGAAUGAUGAAACCUUUGUACCAUUCAAGGAGAUGAUGGGGCUAAUUCGGACUCAAUUCCCUACAGUGGAAAAGCUACAGGACGGAGCAAAUGACACGUCGAAAGCUUUCCAUGUACCUGGAUUUAAAGGUCAGUUUGGCUUCAUCACGUCUAUGAGUGAGCACUUCUGUGGCUCCUGCAACCGACUCCGUCUGACUGCCGACGGGAAUUUGAAGGUCUGUCUGUUCGGUAAUACCGAGGUCAGUUUGAGAGACGCGAUGCGCUACAAUAUUGCAGAUAAAGAUAUUCGUGACAUUGUCGAUGUGGCAGUCAAGCGCAAGAAAUACGCACUUGGCGGACAUGGAGAUAUGUAUGGAUUGUCAAAGGCGAAGAACCGCCCCAUGAUUCUCAUCGGAGGGUAG